AUGUCGGAUCAGGGCCUUUUAAUGAAAAGCACGCAAAAUGAAGAAGGCGCAAGUGAAAGGUUAAACGUCAUUGCUUCUUUUUUCGAUUGUUCUUUGGAGCAAGUUAAAUCGAUUGAUACUGAUAUCAUAACGCGCUUAAACGAGAAACUUAUACAAUUUAAUGAACUUAAAUCAGAAAAUUUACAGAUCACCGUCUCAUUUGAUGAGUUAAAGACGAACUCUUUGAAAAAAAUUGAUGGUCUGAAGACUGAAAUGGAAAAUGUCCUGAGGCAAAACGAUGAAAUCCGAAAAGAGAGGAAUGACACUUCUGCAAAGUUCGAAUUUUUACAAAACGAAAAAAUACAACUGUCGAACGAACUAGAGUCAGUGAAGAGGAAGCUCAAUGACCUGACCGAAGAGAAAAAGGAAAUCCAAAGCAAUCAACAGCGAACUUUGAAAAUACUGGAUGAAAGGCUAAAAGAAGUAGAAAUGGCUAAGGUUGAAAACAACCGCACCAAUAAUGAAUGCCGAAACUUGCGGUCUACCGUGGUAGAACUAGAAACAAAACAGCAAACCUACAUCACAAAUGACCUGAAUUCUAGAUCCGAGCUGGAGAGAAAAACACAAGAGCUGAACUUAUUGCAGUCAAAUAAGGAUUGGUUAGAAAAGGAACUGUCUUCUAAAAGUGAACAGUAUCUUUCAUACAGGCAAAGAACAGAUGCAACAAUUUCAGAAAUUAGAAGUGAGCUAAAUCGUUUAAAGAAUGACUUCCAGCUGGAAAAAACGAAUAAUGACGUCUUAAAGCAGAAAAACAAUGAGCUAUCAAACUCUCUACAAGAAAAAGUAUUAGAUUUGAAAAACUUAUCGGAUUCUUUGAAUACCGAAAAGCAAGAGUUUUCUACAGAAAUUGCUUUAAAGCAACGUUUAAUAGAUCUAUUAGAGACACAAUUGAACGCAGUUAAAGAGGAAUUGAAGAGCAUCAGGAAAUCAGACUCUUCAAAUGUAACUUCAGAUGAUUCAAGGAAACUCAUAUCUGAAAAUGAGAGCUUACUCAAAGAUUUACGGUUAACUAAGGAAAAACUGGCACAGUGCGAAAGCGAAUGCUUGCGUCUAUCAUCUAUAACUGAGGAAACAGGCGAGGAGAGCGGAACUUUAACUUCAAGGUCUAGUACCGAUUUUAUAUUAUUGAAGAAACAAUAUAUUAAAGAGAAACGUGCCAAAGAGCAACUCCAAAACCAAAUUGAAUCAUUCAUCGUGGAGUUGGAACAUAAGGUGCCCGUAAUCAAUUCUUUUAAAGAAAGGACAGACAUGCUGGAAAACGAAUUGAAUAAUUCUGCGUUAUUACUGGAACAUACGUCCAACGAGAAAAAUGCCAAGAUCAGAGAAUUAAAUAUUAAAAACGAAAAGAUAGCAAAGUGUGAAAAUGAUAUCCAUAUUUUAACCAGACAACGCCUUGAUCUAUGUCGUCAAGUACAAUAUCUAUUAAUCACAAAUUCGGUUUCUAAUGACUCAAAGGGACCCUUACGUAAGGAAGAAAUAAAAUUCAUUCAAAACAUUUUACAAAACGACAAUAGUGGCACCACAGAAUCAGACUCUCAAAAAAUUUUAACAGGAAGGCUUGUCGAGUUUAGAAAUGUUAUAGAAUUACAAGAGAAAAACACAGAAUUACUGAGAAUAACAAGAAAUUUAGCUGAUAAAUUGGAAUCAAAUGAAAUUAAAUCUAAGCAAAAUCUUCUGAAAAUUGAAAACAAAACCAUAAAUGAAGCUAAAGAAGCAAUACUAAGUUUACAAAGUGAGAAAAUGAGCUUAGAAUCAAAAGUCGAAGAGUUAGAGAGGGAACGUGAAACACUGAAGUCCUCAAUUUCCAAGCAAGCUUCUUCAUUCAAUAAUUCGGUCAUACAGCAAUUGACAAAGACUAAACGGGAGUUAGAAUCCCAAGUUCAAGAUUUGCAAGCUCGUAUUUCUCAAAUUACCCGAGAAUCUACUCAAAAUAUGUCACUUUUGAAUAAGGAGAUACAAGACAUAUAUGAUAGCAAGAGUGACAUAUCUAUUGAGCUUGGAAAGGAAAAAUCAUCCAGAAUUUUAGCAGAGGAAAGGUUCAAAUUACUUUCAAACACAUUAGAUUUGACUAAGGCCGAAAACGACCAACUGCGAAAAAGAUCUGACAGCUUGCAAAGUUCCAUUUCAAAACAAGAUUCCAAAACUCAUGAGACACUAAAUGAGUACAUUUCCUGUAAAUCUAAACUAAGUGUUACUGAAACAGCAUUAUCCAACUUGAAGCUAGAACAAAAAUUGAAAAUUGAUUCAGAGAAGAGUUUGAAACAAGAAUUGGAUAAACUGUCCUCCGAGAAGACGAGCUUACGCAUAAUGGUAACUCAGUUACAAACUCUACAAAAGGAACGUGAGGAUUUAUUGGAUGAAGCUAGAAAAUCAUGCCAAAACAAGAUAAAUGAAGUAGAAGAAGCUUACAAUGAACUAAAAGUGGAAACUUCUCAUAAAGACCAACACAUCAUGCAAUUGGAAGAAGACAACACCUCAAAGAUAGAAUGGUACCAAAAUAAGAUAGAGACUUUGAAGAAAGAUAAUGAUUCCGUUAUGAACCUUGUGAAUGAAAAGCAAACUGAGAUUGAAAAAUUACAAUAUAAAGUCAAAUCGUUAGAAAAGGAAAUUGAGGAAAACAAGAUCCGUUUGCAUACGUAUAACGUGAUGGAUGAAACAAUUAACGAUGACUCCUUACGCAAAGAAUUAGAGAUGUCCAAAAUCAACUUGACUGAAGCGUAUUCUCAGAUUCAAGAGUAUAAAAAACUUUACGAAAGUACUGCUCAAUCUCUGAGGGAAAUGAACUCCAAAUUAGAUGAAUCCAAUGAAGCCUUUUCUAAUCAAAUUCAAAGUUUAACUGAUGAAAAAAUUAAUUUGGAGGAUAAAGUUUCGCUUCUGAAAGAGCAGAGUUUUAACUUAAACAAUGAGCUAGAUCUGCAGAAAAAUGAGAUGGAAAAAAAGAAAGUGGAAUUCAAGAAAAUAAUCGCCAUUUUACAAAAUAAUAACAAAGAAAUUGAAACUGUUAAGUCUGAAUAUGAAUCCAAGUUGUCAAAAAUUCAAGAUGAUCUUGAUCAACAAACAAUAUACGCUAAUACAGCUCAAAAUAACUAUGAACAGGAACUUCAGAAACAUGCAGAUGUUUCCAAGACGAUUAGUGAAUUAAGAGAACAGCUACAUACUUAUAGGGGUCAAGUAAAGACAUUGACUCUAUCACGCAGCGAACUAGAAAAUAUCUUAAAGGAAAACGAAAAGAGUUGGACUUCUCAAAAGCAAUCAUUACUGGAACAGCUGGAUCUAUCAAAUUCUCGAAUUGAAGAUUUAUCAUCUCAGAAUAAACUGUUAUACAACCAAAUUGAAUUAUACACCGCUGCGGGCAAUGGAGUUGGCGAUGCGAGAAACGGACCUACUUUGAAUAACGAUAUUCUAGUGACCUUACGCCGUGAAAGAGAUAUUCUCGACACUAAGGUUACGGUUGCCGAAAGAGAUGCUAAAAUGCUACGACAAAAAAUUACCUUAAUGGAUGUUGAAUUACAAGACGCUCGUACGAAGCUAAAUAAUUCAAGAGUGGAGAAUGAUGAACGUUCUUCUAUUGUUCAACAACACGAUGUUAUUAUGGAAAAGUUAAAUCAAUUGAAUUUAUUAAGAGAAAGCAAUAUAACGUUGCGUAAUGAACUUGAAAAUUGCAGCAAGAAGAAUAAAGAGCUUCAAUCUGAAUUAGUUAAACUAAAAGAAAUCAUCGCACCCAUUGAAUCUGAACUCAGUGCCUUGAAAUACUCCAUGCAGGAAAAGGAGCAAGAAAUCAGAUUAGCUAAGGAGGAAGUCCAUCGUUGGAAAAAGCGCUCACAAGACAUAUUGGAGAAACAUCAACAGUUGAGUUCAAACGAUUAUGAAAAGCUAGAAAGUGAGGUAGAAAGCUUGAAGGCACAACUAGAAGAUAAAAUGCAACAAGGUACUGAAGCAGAAGAAAGAUUUAAUAGGUUGAGAAGGCAAGCUCAAGAAAAGCUAAAAACCUCAAAGCUCACACAGGAGACAUUAACUGAACAAUUGAAUGAGCUAAAGGAUGCCAAAGUUGCAUUGGAGAGGUCUCUGAAUGAUGCCAACACAAGGAUCCAAGAGCUGGAAGGUGAGAAAGUCGCAGAAGAUAAUAAUCGAUCAGAAAUGAUCAAAAGGUCACAAGAAGAUGCUGAAAAAAGCUCAAGAGAGCUUGAAGAAAAGUUAGAGGAAAAUGCAAUUUCUUAUAGCUCAACGGUAAGAAAGUUAAAUGAGGAGAUUGCCACUUUGAAAGAAGAAAUAGAAAAGCAAGGGCAAAUCCAGAAACAGUUACAAACUGCAGCAGGACAUCGAGAUGAAGAUUUGUCUAAUAUUGUUGAAUCUAUGAAGAAAUCUUUCGAAGAAGAUAAAAUAAAAUUCAUUGAAGAGAAGACCAGGGAGGUUAAUAAAAAAAUUCAGGAAGCCCAAGAAAGGUUAAACCAACCCAGCAGUGUUAAUAUAGAUGAAAUGAAAAAACAAUGGGAAGCGGAGCAUGAGGAGGAAGUCGCUGAGAGAGUUCGUGAAGCUGAAGAAGCUCUCAAAAAGAGAAUACGAUUGCCUACUGAAGAGAAAAUCAGUAAAAUAAUCGAACGCAAGAAGGAGGACUUGGAGAAAGAGUUUAACGAAAAAUUGGAGGAAAAAGUAAAGUCAAUAAGCGGAAGCGAACAAAUGGAAGCAAUGCUUCAGAAACAAUUAGAGAUCAGAGUUCAAGAGAAACAAAAGGAACUGGAGGAUGAAUACAACGAAAAAUUGCAAGAGAAGCUAAAGGAAGUAUCACAUUCAAGUAGCAUUUCCGUUAAUGAAAAAGAUGAGCUCCGCGCAGAAAUCGAAGCCAAAUUAAGAGAGGAGUUAAACGAUGAAUUGCAAAAUGUAAAGAAAAAAUCUUUUGAAGAAGGCAAACAGCAAGCAACGAUGAAAACGACGCUUUUAGAAAGAAAGCUUGCUAAAAUGGAAUCUCAGCUUUCAGAAAUAAAACAGAGUGCUGAAAGCCCUCCCAAGCAUGCAAACAAUGUGCCUAACCCAUUACUUGGGUUACCUAGGAAGAUUGAAGAAAAUUCGAACUCACCAUUCAACACGUUACUUUCUGGUGAAAAGCUUCUGAAGUUCAACUCCAAAUCAUCCUCGUCAGGUGCAUUCAAUCCUUUCACUUCACCUUCUCCAAAAAAGCUUUUGCAAAAAGAUGACGUUCAGAAAGAGACUUCGAACAACAAAACAGAUCCACCAACUCAUUUGGCGCCCAGUUUUAAUAUUCCUGCCACACGAGUUCUAACUUCUUCAUCUUCCACGCUGUCGACUGAUACAAAUGAUGAAGAACUCACCGUUAAUGAGCCAGGCCAAAAAAUUUCAUCGGCUAUAAAUAGCCUAUCCCAAACUGGCAGCGAACAAAACCAAGAGGAAGAACUUUUUGAAAUAAAAAAUAUAGCAGAAGAGAAAACUAAAUCCAAUAAACGCCCUAUUGACGAAGUUGCGGAAUUGAAAGAUGAUGACGAUGAGGAUAGUGCAGAGUUCACAAAUGAGUCAAAAAAGAUCAAGACUGAUGAUGAAGAAGAAGGAAAAGUAAAUAACGAGGAAAAAAGUGAAAAGGAUAAUGAUAUCACAGGUCCAGAGUAA